GUCUUCGAUAAUAUGGAGGCGCCCAAGGCUAAAGAGAAGGGUGAAAAUAUGCCGAAUCACAUAGCAAGUGUGGUAGAGAAAAUGCUUAAGGAACAGGUUCACCUAAAGGAGAUAGGAACAGACAGGACUCAUAGCGGUAGAGGAGAAGGAGUCUCACUAAGUAUAUGGGACUUUGCUGGACACGACAUAUAUUACUCAACCCAUCAGGUGUUUCUGACGUGGCGAGCUAUUUAUGUGAUUGUUUUUGAUCUCAGUAGAAGUUUGGAUUCUGCCGUUCCCCCUGAAUCCAGAGACAAGAAUUAUGAAAUGGUUAAAGGAGGUGCCAAAUCAGAACUGACAUGUCUAGAGUUCAUUAAUUUCUGGUUGUAUUCCAUCUACGCCCAUGCUGUGGCGCCGUCUUCAGUCAUAAAUAACAAUACGUCUAAAACCGCCCAGAAAUCUCCACCAAUAUUCAUCGUUGGUACGCAUCGAGAUAGUGUGAAAGGAGAUGCGCAAGAGAAAAGGGAAAAGAUUGGCUCUGCCUUUAAGAAGAUCCGCGAAUCUAUCAUGGAUAAACCGUUUCAAUGCCAUGUGGUCCCCGAGUAUUAUGCCAUUGAAAACAGCUUAGAGGACGAAGACGAUAUGGUACAUCAUAAAUAA